AUGGCAUCCAAGUUCCUCCGAGAAUAUAAGCUGGUGGUUGUAGGGGGUGGAGGUGUUGGCAAGUCCUGCCUCACCAUUCAGCUAAUCCAGAGCCAUUUCGUUGACGAAUACGAUCCCACAAUCGAAGACUCCUACCGCAAGCGAUGCGUCAUCGACGACGAGCUCGCGCUUCUUGACGUCUUGGAUACUGCGGGACAAGAGGAAUAUUCGGCGAUGAGAGAACAGUACAUGCGAACCGGCGAAGGCUUUUUACUAGUCUACUCCAUCACGUCGAAGCAGAGUUUCGAGGAAAUCACCCUAUUCCAGCAACAGAUACUAAGGGUGAAAGACAAGGAUUAUUUCCCCAUGGUCGUUGUUGGGAACAAGUGCGAUUUGGAGAGUGAACGAGAAGUCAGCAGGCAAGACGGAGAGUCGCUAGCUAGGUCUUUCAACUGCAAAUUCAUCGAAACGUCGGCGAAGUCGAGGAUCAAUGUCGAUAAGGCGUUUUACGACCUCGUGCGUGAAAUCCGAAGGUACAACCGCGAGAUGCAAGGAUAUUCGACCGGGAGCGGAGGAAUCUCGGGCAUCAACGGUCCACCCAAGCCUAUGGACAUUGACAACGGCGAGCAGGAGGCUGGCUGCUGCUCGAAGUGCGUACUUAUGUAA